UGUUUUGCCAUCUCUUCACGAAGAACAGGUGCUCACGAGGCGAAGAUAAACCGAAAUCAUCAAGAACGGUGACCGCGCUUCGCCAUCAAUGACCGCGCUGAAAAACUCGGUGAUAUUAUGUGAUACGCCUGUUUUGUGACCUUUUGGAUAGGGGACUGUUCUGUUAGAGAUGACUUUGGGAGACGUCAAGAAUAGGAGAGAAAUCCGAGGCUCUCGAGUCAGGAUGACUCCCAAGUCUGAAGAACAUUCGAAAAUAUAUCCAGUACCGUAUAGUGAUGGAACUAUGAGGGAAAAACAGCGCCCGCCAAUAUACAAUCCCGAAGAUUACGCCAUUUGGUUGAAGAAAUGGGGAAAGAAAUCGGCGAACGGUGCAAUAUCCCUCUAUACAGCCUCUUCCAUGUCUGACCUGAUGGAGCUGAGCCAUCCCCAGAUAAAUUCUUACAAGGACUACAGGAACCCGAUGAUGAGUUCGUCUGGGAUGGAGAUGACGUUGCGACAAUUUGGAUCAGCGUCAGAGCUGCUGACGAAGCUGAGGUCGGAUCUGAGAUUAGCGUAUCCCAGUUUCGUCCAAGAAUUCGUCGCCGACCCCUUGGACGGCGUCUCGCUCCUGCUGGACCUCCUCAGGGCCGUGCACCUCAGCCAGUCCAACCCCGCGCAGACACUCUCCCCCGCCUCUGGUGCCGCCCCCAAGCUGCCUCUUGCUGUGCAGCGGCGCGCCAUGCUGGACGAGCUAGCGUGCCUGCAGUGCCUGCUCAGCUGCUGCGCCAGGGACGCAGAGGCGGUCAGGCGGGUCGUCGGGUCGUCGGCGGGGAUGUUCACCCUGGCCGUUUGUAUCAUGAGCAACGUGAACAAGUCCAGGAUCGCUGCAUUACAGCUACUGAGUAAAGUUUGCGAACCGAAAUCAAAAGGCCACUCUGUAGUUUCCGAAGCCAUGUCCACCUUACGCCUCAGAUUCGGAGAACCAGUUCGAUUCAGGUUCCUGAUCGGUAUGCUCAGUUCCGCAGGAGGUCAGUCAGAACUACUCACAGCAGGACUGAAAUUCCUCAACACGUUCCUCAGUACAGCAGGCUCUGCUCAGAAGAGACUCUACUUACAAGCUGAACUAGAGCAAGCUGGAUUCGAUAUUGAAGCAGUUAGAAAGAACGUUGGAGUAAACAUCAACUCAUGUGAUCCAAUUUUUGAUGAACUGGACCUAUGGGAGAAGCACUACAUUGAUAUUGAGAGUAUCACAAUACGAAUGGAAAGUGCUGAAAAGGAGAACGACUGUUUACGAGGAAAACUGAACCUAUUAGAACAGAAAGUACAGAUUCUGCAAGACGAAAAGGGCAUCUUGAUAUCUCUAGAUCAAUGUCUCAGAGAAAGAUGUAGCGAACUCAGGGAAGAAGUCCAAUCUCUGAAAUCUUCCCAAUCCGCCGAUUUAUCACCCCACUUUGAAAAAAAUCAAGAAGAACCCACUCCAGAUGAUGAAGGCAUUUCCUCAUCAGAGCGGACUCCUACUCCUGAAGAGGAAAUCCAACAACCAUCUGUCUACGAUAUCUUCCCCAAUGAUUGCACAUCUAUACCUCCACCAAGAGAUCACCCUGACCAAGACUCCGAAGAAGAAACGACCAUUGAGGAAGUGAUACAGGAACUGAAAGACAUAAUCAGCAAUGAGGAAACAGAAAACCACAAUAGAGAAAAUCUCAAAAUCACACAAGACAGGAAACGAUCUGAAGAAGCACAGAUGGCAGGAAAACUCCAUACACAUCUAGACAUCAAUGACUACGUAUUGGGAAGCGAAUACGAGAUAAUCCCUUCAAAUUUACUCCCUCAGCCUCCAAGAAGAGCUAGAAGUCUCAUGCACCUUUUUGUACCAGCUGAAGACUAUGGAUAUUGUAACAGAGAAAUUUUCUUCGAUAAAGAAUCUCUCACAUCGGAAGGCUCGUUCUCAUUGGUCAGUGUAUCCAGAUAUUGCCAUCCUUCAGUGGAAAGCGGGUUGGAAGCACCAUCCGUGACGAAGACAAUCCCAGCAAAACCUGAAAGGCACACUUCGAAGACCAGCAUUAGGAGGUCAGAAUCAUUCAUGAAAUCGGAUAAUAAUCUUGACAAACAGCUCAGUCAUGAUCGACUGAGUCACUCCAAUACGAUGACACAUCAAGUCUGCAAUCGUACUGAGGAAACGCCUGAUCGUAUGAAUUGCAAAAGUCUAGAUAGAAUAGGUGAUGGUCUAGGAUCAUUCGUGGAUAUUGUAGUUACUGGUCAGAACAAUCCGAAGGCAACUCCUUUCUUAUCAAAGAGCGACUCUGGCAAUGUUUCUAGUGCCUCUGUCUGCAAGAGUGUCUCUAAUAUCUAUUUCAGUUCCAAUCAUCAGGCUGCAGGUUCGAAACUCAGUGUUCACUCAGAAGAGAAACAAAGAAUGUUUCUUCCUUCGCAAGGAGAUCAGAAUGAAGUAUUGUACUACUUUCCAAGGGUACUCGAGAAAAGGAACAGCGGUAGUUCAGGGUUUCUGGGUGGCAGAGGAAUCAAUAACGCAGGCAUGUAUUCUGGACAGGUGAUUGAUAAUCAUUCAUACUUUUCGAGGAGCAAAGAGAUUAUUGGGAGUGAUUGCCAUAGUUCUGGAAAAUUAACUGACUUUCCGUCAGGAUUGUAUUGAUACAAUAUUGAACCUGCAAAUUUUCAGUAGGCUGGAAGUUUUCAUCAUACCUACCUUUAAUGGAAAUGAUAGAUUUUCACGAAGAAAUUUCAAUUUCGAUUAUUAUUUUUUCAAGAAAUAUGCUCAGGUGGGUGUAUACAAUCAUAAGAUUAGGUAUACGAGACUAGACAAGAGCAGUUGUCAAGAUGAAUGUAUUAGAGAUUAGUGAUUGUAAAUAUGUGGAGAUUAAUAGUUAUUGUGUGCAAUAUAUGAAUUUUUUUUUCUUUAGAAGUUCUAAUAUAUUUUUGACGUUGAUUUUUAUAUUCUGUUCGAAGAGUUCGAAUCAGUUCGAUGGACACAUUAGAUGUGCUGAGGUCGAAAGGAACAUUUGAAGACAGUGAAUAAGUUUAUCAACUUUGUAAAAUAUUAUAGAAUUACUCAAGAAUUUAAUUUCCAGUUACUCAGUGAUAGGUUUUCUUGUUUUUGUAUUCAAAUACUUGCCUGUGUAUUUGACAAGAAUUAUAAUGCGAAUAAAGAAUUAUUGAUAUUGA